ACAUUCCGUUUCCUGCCUUCGAACUGUUUUGCAUUCUCUAUGAUAAUUCCGACCAACAGUAAAUUGUCCACUAACUGUAAGAAAUUGAAAAAUAUUGAGCGAUAAUAAGAAAAAGUCAUAAUUAUGUCUGGUUGUGACACUUUCGUUAGUCUACCUCCAGCAACGGGUGGCAAUUUUGUAGUAUUUGGAAAGAAUGCAGAUAGACCGGAUGAUGAAGUUCAAGAGGUCAUUUUCAUUUCUUCGAUAAUAAAUCCAGCUGGUGGCAAAGUUAAGUGCACCUAUAUUGAAGUUGAACAAGUGGAGAAAACCUAUGCGGUUGUCUUAAGUAAGCCAGCUUGGAUAUGGGGUGCAGAAAUGGGAGCGAACGAGAAAGGGGUAGCCAUCGGGAAUGAAGCUGUUUGGACUCAUAUGGGUGGUAAGGAAGAUUUACAAGAAAAACUACUGGGAAUGGACUUAUUGAGAUUGGGACUCGAAAGGGGUGGAACGGCUAGAGAGGCAUUGGAAGUCAUUACAAAUUUAUUAGAGCGUUACGGUCAAGGGGGGCCUUGUUCCGAACAAUUAGGCGGAAGCUCAUUUGCUUAUCAUAAUAGUUUCCUAAUUGCUGACCCUAAAGAGGCGUGGGUGUUGGAAACUGCUGGUAAUGUCUGGGCAGCCGAGUUAAUUAAGGAAGGCAUCCGUAAUAUUUCCAAUCAAUUAACCAUCAGAAAGAAUAUAACUCUGAAUUCCACAAACAUGAAAGAAAUAGCUAUAGAGAAGAAUCUUUGGAAUAAGGACGAUGGAGAGGAAUUCGAUUUUGCCAAAGUAUUUAGUUUUCAAUUCGAAGAAACCGAGCUAGGAGAUGGACAGCCAAAUUCUAGACAGUUAUGGGGAACGAAGUUAUUGAAAGAAGCAUCCGUAGAUGGCGUUACUGUAUCUAAAAUGAUGGAUAUUCUAAGGCAUAAGGAAUCUGGAAUUUGUAUGGAAGGUUGUUUUCGGUCGGCCGGAAGUCAAGUAUCUGUCUUAUCUGAAAAUUCUAUUCAUUUCUUUACUGCAACACCAAUACCUACAGAAUCAUUUUUUAAGCCAUUCGUGUUCGUUGAUAACAUAAAAUUCGGAAAUCUAACAAUCUCUCCAACUUAUAAAGAUGAUCCAGCAAAAGUAAAGCCGAGAUUUAGGAAAAGAGUUGAUAGACGUCACGAAUUAUGGAAAGGUCACGAUAAAUUGAUGGAACAAUUGUCUUGUUCCGACGAAGAGGAAGCGGAAAAGGGUCGGAAAUGUAUUGAAAAUUUGCGUGAGUUGGAAAAGAACUGUAUCAGUGAUAUCAUAGAAGCUGUUGAACAUGGAGAGGAGGCUUCAGCCAAGUUGGUUAACAUUUUUGAUCACAUGGUCCAAUUGGAGUUGAACUUUUACAGUCAAUUCGAUGCCGAAUAGUAAAUUACGAAAUGCUAUAGCCAUUAAAAAAAAUAGAAUAAAAAAACAUUCCAAUUGUGAACCAAUUAAACAACAAAGAGGAGAAUAACUCUUUUCUUUAUUUUCAUUUAUUGUUCCUCCCUCCCCUGUCCAAGUUGUAUUGAAAUUAAAAUGAUGAAUGUAUACUGUAUUACAUAUUGAAAAAUGAAAGAAAUAAAAUAUAUAUAUAAUCAGU